CCCUUUCCUCCCGCCCGCCCUGAGCCAGAGGCAGAGCAGCCGCCGCCGGAGGAGCCGGUUCCAUGCCCCCUGGAGCCUCCUCUUGCCGCUGCCGCCACCUCUUUCUCCUCCUCAGCGCGCAGUCCCGGCAUGGACGUUAGGUUUUACCCUUCUGCCCCCACCGCCGUUGGUUCUUUGCCCGGGGCCGACCCCCCUUGCUUGGGCCCCCUGGACUAUUACCACUGCAACAAGUUUGACGGAGAGAACAUGUAUAUGGGAAUGAAUGACAAUAACCAGGAGUUUCUCUCAGCAAAUCAGACUUACAAUGGUCAGAAUGAGAAUAAUGAAGAUUAUGAAAUCCCUCCUAUUACUCCUCCUAAUCUCCCAGAUCCAUCCCUUCUUCACUUGGUGGAUCAUGAAACUGGAUAUCAUUCACUGUGCCACAGUCUCCCUCCAAAUAGCCUGAUACCAGCAUAUUCCUACCAGAAUAUGGAUCUUCCUGCUAUCAUGGUGUCUAAUAUGUUGAAUCAAGAUGGGCACCUCCUGUCUAGUCAGCUACCUACCAUCCAGGAGAUGGUCCACUCAGACGCUACGUCCUAUGAGUCCAACCAUCAAGUUCCCCUGAUCAAUCGACCAGGGAUGUUAACCGGUCACAUGAGUGCCCUCAGCCAGUCACAACUGAUUUCUCAGAUGGGUAUGAGGAGCGGUGUUACCCAUGGUUCCCCAUCACCCCCUGGAAGCAAAUCUGCUACACCAUCUCCCUCCAGUUCUACUCAGGAAGAGGAGACAGAAUCACAUUAUAAGGCAACUGGAGAGAAGAGACCUUUGACAGAUCUGGGCAAGAAACCCAAAAACCAAAAGAAGAAGAAAAAGAAGGAUCCUAAUGAACCCCAGAAGCCAGUGUCUGCCUACGCUCUCUUCUUCAGAGACACACAAGCAGCUAUUAAAGGACAAAACCCCAAUGCUACCUUUGGGGAUGUGUCAAAAAUCGUUGCAUCUAUGUGGGAUAGUUUAGGAGAAGAACAAAAGCAGGCAUAUAAAAGGAAAACUGAAGCAGCAAAGAAGGAAUAUCUAAAAGCUCUGGCAGCCUACCGGGCCAGCUUGGUUUCCAAGAGUUCAGCUGACCAAGGCGAGACAAAAAAUGUUCAGAGCAGCCAACCUUCAAAAAUGAUCCCACCCAAACAGCCCUUGUAUACAAUGCCACCACAAGCCUCAUCACCUUAUCCUGGCUUGGGCUCCUUCUUGUCCCCAUCGGAUCUGCAGAGUUACCGUGGUCACCCUCACCCCAGCCUCUCCAGGACCCUCAAUUCCAAACCCAUGUUGCCCAGUAUCAGUGCCUCACCACCUCCUUCUUUCCAAAUUAGCCCCCCUCUCCAUCAGCAACUGUCUUUGCAUCACCCGCAGAGCUCCAUCCUCAACCAGCCCCUCAGCAUGCAGCAGGUCCCACAGCAACCCAUUUUGUCUCCUUCUAUGGCACUACAGGUACAGCCCCCCAUGAAUUCUUCACCACCAGGCCAGCAGGAUUUUUCACAUAUUUCAUCCGAGUUUCAGAAUAGUGUUGGACCACGAUCACCUGGUGCAUCAAAUCCUCCAGGAAAUACUGACUGGGACAACGAUUACUCCAGCAGAGAGUGUGGGAUUAACCAUUGCAGCAUGCUGCCAAGGGACAAGUCACUCUACCUCACUUAAGCCCUGAUAUCUCCAUUCUGCAAAGGUGAACAGGAAGGACACUUAAGUGAGUCUGUGAUGCAGGCUACCCAGGUGGGCAUCAAGCAAGUCACAUGGAAGAGAGCAUGGCUUCAUAUCUUGAUUCUGAGAGCAGCCUGACCCUUUUUUUUCAUCCGUCCCUC